CUGAAGCUGAACUUGUGAAUAUAAAUUGGAAGAAAAGAACUAGAAGUCGUCAUUACUGUUUUGCAUUCCAUUGAGUUAAAUACGUUAGUACUGCCGAAUGGAUAAAAUCAUGUCGUUGGUGUUGUCUGGUGAAAAUUUGGAUCCUGAUGGCCAUGGAAGCAGCGAGGUGUUUUUUACACCAGAUGAAAAGGCGUACACAGAGAACAACAUAUUGAUUUAUAAUAUUCUCGUAUACAACAUUCCAAGAAAGUUGAAGGACGCCGAUAUAAGUCGUUAUUUUUCUAAGUUUGGUAUGAUUUCGGAAGUACGCCUAGUGUAUGAUAAAAACAGAUCUCGUCGUUCUUCGCCGACAGUAGGAUUUGUGAACUUUGUCGAACCAGAAAGUGCUUACAGAGUAUUGCAGAAAUUUAAUCACCGUAUACGAGGUUCAUGUGUUGGGGUCAAAGCUGGCAAUAGUUUGAAUCAGCCUGAUGCCGAAAAGGCAUAUAGCCAAGAGAAAUGUGGAACCCCUCAAAUGAAAGCAAAAGCUCCGAACGUUGGUACGAAACUUGGUCUGAAUAUGCUAUCGCUAAAUGAUGAUUGCUUAGAGAUUAUUUGUGGCCUAUUAGGGUUACGAGAUCAAGUACGUUUUGCGCGAGUAUGCUAUCGUUUUCAAGAAAUAUUCCAAAUGUUAUCCAGACGCGCAUAUAAAAGGUUCGAAUUUCGUAAAACCAUAGGGAUGACAUUACGGGAGAUACUGGACUUCUUUCGUUUUGCUGGCAAAAAUAUUGAAGAAGUGGCGGGCGAAGUACCAUAUGUGGGUCGUGAACUCAUUAUUACAUUUGUUAGAACGUUCUGCGUCAACUUAAAACGAAUCACAUUUUUCAAUAGUCAAAUGGGGACCGAUUGCCUGAGGAAAUUACUUCGCAGUUUUCCUCUAUUACGGGAAUUACAUUUGCAUACUUGCAAUGUAGAUGACCUCUCAAUACAAUAUCUGCAAUAUUUGACUCAAUUAGAGAGCCUGACUUUCUCCGUUAACUCAGAGAUAACAGGCAAAUUUAUGAACUCGUUGGUACAGCUGAAGUUUCUAAAUUUGUAUGGUUGUAGAAAUAUUCAAACUUCCAAUAUGGUUGAAAUAUGCCGUUCCAUGCGGAACUUAAAAUCGCUUGACAUACGUGGUUGUACACAGCUAUCGCCAAUCUUUUUCGACACCAUGGCGGAACAUUGUCAGCAACUCGAAAUAUUGAAAAUGUCUUGCCCAGAUUUUCCAUAUGAGCAUAUAACAUUAUUACCUCGACUGAAACACAUUGAAUUGUUACUCCGCACUUCUGUUUUGGUAUCACCUACACAGAUGUUUCUCAAAUUAGUCGAAAAUAAGUCGCAGCAAUUAGAAACCUUAAAAAUCUAUGGUGCAAAUUCAAUCAAUCGUCAAGAGAUAAGUUCCAUAUCAAAAUUGAAAAAACUGAAAACAUUAUAUUGCACAAAUAAUAAAGCAAUCGACGAUAACGCGCUUCGAAAACUUUGCCAAUUAGAGCAACUUGAAGAGCUGGAUAUCAAAAACAGUGGCAAUAUAACAAAUGAAGCUCUGAUAAAACUGUUGCGAAGUUGCAAGCAUCUGCGUCACUUAAAUAUACAAUUUUGCAAAAAAAUUACUUGUGAAUUCGUCUUAGAAGCCAUAAAUAUAUUAAAAGACCGUAAAGGCAGAUCUCAACUUCCAUUCGUCCUUUUUGUAUACGGAACAUCUAUAGAUAAAUGUGGAAUGUCAGAGUUUCAGAAAUACAUGGAGGCUGACAAAGAGUCACUUAUCAAAAUAAAGUUCGAAAUAUUAACUGUUGAUAUAAGAAUUCCUAGCAACGCUAUUUACGACUUGUGGGAUAGCGAUGAUUUUUACUUGUUGUAUCCUUACCGAUGAGGAUGAUGAUUUCUACUUCCCAGACUCGGACAUGAAAGAAAAUUACGGUAAUUAAUUUUCCAAUGAAAUCUGUAGCUGCAUCUAAUCGUAAGACAUAGUAGCUUAAGUUAAUUUGAUUUAAAGUAGCGAUAACUCUUAAAAUUUAUUUAAAAAUUAUUAAGAUUUUCAUUAAGAAAACAAUUUAAAUUUUAUUGUAAGUCGACUUAAGCUAUAUGGCAUACGCCUGCAGAAAUUUAUUUAUAAACAAAUUUAAAUGCCGUUUUCAUUUGUAACCUACCGAUAACUGGUGAGUGACGUCGAUGUUGAGCAGGCGCCGAUGGAGCAGCUUACUUAAUUGGUUUGCUACAUAUUGUGUGUGUGGAACGAUAAAUAUAUAUUUAUAAUUUGUAUUAAGUCUUCGAAUAUUUUUGCAACUCUAAUUUGGUUUGAAAUAAACAUGACAUAAAUAUAUGAGAAAUAUGAGUGCUUUGAAAUAUUAGUAAAGUUAACAUUUGAAACUUUUAGGCAAAUAAAGGGAUAAACUAAAAUUCAAAAUUGAAUUCACUUCUCAUUAGGCAAUGUGAAAAGUUAAGAUUAUUUCUCUAUUU